AUGCAAAAAGAAUUUGAUCCAAGAAAGCAUGAAGACAGACAGUUGACCGAUGAAAGAGUUUCUUCCUUACUGAAGAGUGUAAAGGACUUGGUACCAUCAGCAUGUGUGUUGUUCUCUGUUGAAUAUGGUAUUGAUGACAAUCUUCCACCUAACAUUAUUGAAAAGGCUGCUGAGUUUAUGUCAAAUAUUUUAAAGACAUACCAAUCAAGUGAAAAAAUUGAACAGGAAACAAGGCAGCAACAUUCCAACCCAUUGUGGAGAAAGCAAAGAAUUGGAAGAAUAACAGCUUCCAAUUUUCACAUGGUUCACAAAAACAGAGACUAUUAUGAAAACCCAACUGUAUUUAAAUUAGUAAAUGAGUCUGGAAACAUUUCCCAUUUACCUCAAAUUAAGUGAGUGGAACACGAGAAAGAUGGCAUCAAGUCCUUGUCUGAUGUGGCUAGUCAGCACGAUGGUGGCAUUGAAGGGUUUCGUCAGUGUGGACUCUAUGUAAAAAGUGACUAUCCAUAUCUUGCUGCUUCUCCGGAUGGUUUGUUCUCAUGCAAGUGCUGUGCUCCUGCUACUGUUGAAGUGAAAUGCCCAUAUUCAGUUAGAUAUGGUAAUAUAAUGAAGAAAGAGGUUUUUCAGCAUGUGGACUUCCUUGAAGAGUUUAAUGGUAAUCCUCGUCUGAAACGUUCUCAUUGUUAUUACACACAAGUACAAGCGCAAAUGUGGGUUUGUGGUGUACAUCAUUCUUUCUUUGUAGUUUGGACACUUGGACAUCAACCCCUUUAUGAAGAAAUUGAGCUGGACAUGGCAUUUAUGACAAAUGUGGUAAAUAAUCUUACUAUAUUUUAUAAGACUUAUGUUAUGCCUUGUAUUUUGGGUUAUCGAGAUCUUUUGCAAUGUUCAAAGUGUGAGAAGGUUAUUUUGGAUGAAGCAGAAAUCAAUUGCCCUGCAACUGAAAGGAGUGUAACUUGUGUCACAUGCAACACUCAGUGGCAUUUGCCAUGUGCAGGCCUGACUGAACGAUGUCUCAGCUCAAUAGACUCAUGGCUUUGCCACAGUUGUCUCCUUGACAAUGCUGGUUGUUAUGAUGAUAACAGUUUUGAGGAAGAAGAAAUUAGCAUAAAUGACACAGGCCUCAUCACAUCCCAGGAUUGCUCACCUUUAAUAUCAGAUGAAAUAAACAAUAUAUGCCCAGUAUGCAUGUUGAAAGACAUUCAUGUUGGAGGAGAGCAUAUUUGUUCUAUAUGCAAAAAUGCUGUACAUGCAUGGUGCAGCAAUCAUGAAGAAAUUACAAGCUCUGCUAAUUUAGUUUGUAAUUAUUGUAAGUCAGAUUAAUUUUCACCUUGAUCCUCUAUGUGAAAGAUUUCUCCAGGGUUUAGCUAUCGUGAA